AUGUCUCUUAAAGAAAAAAAGAAUGAACAGUAUGUAAGUCAACCAGCAACAACUAAAGUCCUUAAUGGUGAGUUUGCUUACAUAUUUCACACAACUUUAAACAAGGUAUUCAGACAAGUAAAUGAUCUAGGUAAAUUUAUGGAACGCUUAUUCAGAAAACUAGAAAAAGAAGUUGAUAGAGUAUCUUCUAAGCUUCAGGCUUUACAAGAAAAUGUAAUCCAGUUAACUGAUAUUAUUGCCAAUAACAUACCAAAUGAAGACUUACCAAUGCAAGAUUGGAAAUUAAGAAAAACAUUUCCAUGUGAGACUAUUCCAGUACAUCAAGUGUACUCCUGUAUCAUUACCUGUUAAGAUUUUGGAAGGAAAAAUGCUAAUAUACAGUUAUCAUCUGUCACUUUGCCUGCUUAUUAUCAAAAUGACAAAGAAGAUUCAAAAACCUCUUCUGAUGGUUCACUCCAUUCAUGUUCUUAUUGCUGCAAACAUGUAAAAGAGAAGCCUGUAUCUGUGAGCAAAGAACAGAAGCUUGAACAACUCAUACAAAACAAGAACCUAGACAAUCUCAGUACCACCAAUGUGGCACAGUAUCACCUAAUGGAAGAUGAUGUGUCUGAUGUCCCAGCUGUUAGCACCAAGGUAUCUCAUUCAUAUUUAGAUGAGUUGACUGAAUGUUCUUCAUUUUAUAUUUUUCCACUGAAUAAAACCAGUAGGCUUCUAGGAAGAUCUGAAGUAAAUGUCUUUCCCAGUGGUCAAGACCAACUAUUUUAUGCAAUUGAAAAUAUGAGCACUACACGUCCUCAAGUUAUUUGUGGAAUUGGAAGGGGAGAAGUGGUGCAAACUCCACCUCCACCUCUGCCUCGUCAGAAAAUAGAGGUAUUUGUGAAUCCCGUGGCACCAGAACCACCUCCAUUACCACCUGAUUGGUUAGUUCAACUAAGAGCUUCAAACAAGUCACAACAUGAUCUAAGUUCACAGGAUGUACAUCAGAGCAGCCCUCCAUUUUUAUCUCCUACAGUAUCCUCACUAAGUGAUGAGUCAUGUGAUUCAGAUAUGGAGCUUGUUGACCCUGCUUUAGUUGUACAACCUCCAAGAUCUUCAGUUUUUCAAACUGUGAUGUUCUUUGCACAGUCACCUGGAUCUUCGAUUGCAAAAUCAUCAUCUGCGAACGAACCACUUCCACAAAAUUCACUUGCAAAUACACCAAGUUGUUUGAUUUCACAAUUACCAUCAUCUCCAAAGGCAUCAAAACGCUCAGUUUCGACAUCAUCAGUCGAAAUAACAAAAACAACACCUUCAAAUAUAUCAACAAAACUUUCAGUGAGUCAGCUGGCAAAACUUAUAGAAGCACAGUCAUCAGGACCACCAACUAUAAAAGCAAAAACACAAUUGCAUCCAUCGCAAUUAACAUCAUUAAACUUGAGCACAACAAAAAUUUCCACUCUGCAGUCAUCUUUGUACUCUAUGAAAUCACCAUCUUCCAUUUCAAGCACUAGGACUCUAACAGUAUGCCACUAUAUAACAGUGUCAAGAUGUACUUGUGUGAAGCAAUCUCCAUCAAUCCUACCAAUAGUGACUAAAGCAAAGAAAGUAUUCAUGGAAGCAAUAAGAAAAGGCAUUCAGCUUCAGAAGACCAGAGAAUGUGUACCACCACUUGAAAUUGAGGAUGUUGUAACUGCAGAUACAAUCAAGAUCCACUGAAACGCUAUGGGUUACAAUUCAGGAAAAUCAGAUAGUGAGAAAGAGUGGAUGGAGUAA